AUGAGUGAUAAAAUUCCAUCGUGGAAUAUUGUCCACCGGCUCGAGAAACGCCAACUUCUCGUGGCAAUCAACUGCGUUGCUGCUCUCUCUAUUCUCUUCUUUGGAUACGACCAAGGAAUGAUGUCAGGAGUUAACAAUGCAAAAGACUAUAUCGACCUCAUGGGGUUCGGCUACACAAAAGUAGAAGAUGGCGAGCUAACCCCUGUGGUAACUAAUUCACUGCUGCAAGGAGGAAUAGUGGCUGUUUACUACAUGGGUACGCUCUUUGGUGGCUUAUUUGGUGGCUGGAUUGGAGAUCGAAUGGGACGCAUCAAGUCUAUCGCUGUAGGGGCUGUCUGGGCUAUCCUGGGUGCUAGUCUACAGUGCUCGGCUCAAAACAAAAACUGGAUGAUUUGCGCUCGCGCGAUCAAUGGUAUUGGUACUGGUAUUUUGAACGCUAUUGUCCCUGUUUGGGCUACGGAGACCGCGGAGCAUACCUCUCGUGGGCAGUUUAUUGCGAUCGAGUUUACCUUGAAUAUUUUCGGUGUGGUUUUAGCCUAUUGGCUCGAAUUCGGUCUUUCCUUCAUCGAUGGUGGCGAGUCGGCCUUCCGCUGGAGAUUCCCCAUCGCAUUCCAGAUCAUCUUCUUGCUUAUCCUCUUCUCUGCCGUGUGGUUCUUCCCCGAGUCUCCUCGAUGGUUGGCCAAAGUAGGACGGGAAGACGAAGCCCGUUAUAUUUUGCAACGCCUCCGUGGCACUGACCCUGAUGGCCUAGUGCGAGCCGAGGCAGAGUUCCUAGAUAUCCAAAACAUUGCCGAAAUGGAAAAAACCAUCGUACACGGCAACUCUUAUCUUUCCAUGCUUUUCGGUUACAAAUCUGGAGACUUGCAUAUCGGCCGUCGCGUACAACUAGUCAUAUGGCUACAGAUCAUGCAGGAGUGGGUUGGGAUCGCGGGCGUCACUGUUUAUGCACCGACCAUCUUCAGUAUUGCCGGGUUUGAUUCAACAAAAAGUCAGUGGCUUAGUGGGCUGAACAAUGUCUUCUAUAUGUUUGCGACGCUUAUAUGCGUUUUUACUUUGGACCGUAUUGGUCGCCGGUGGACCUUGUACUGGGGCUCUGUAGUCCAGGGCAUUGCGAUGUUCCUCGCUGGUGGCUUUUCUCGACUAGCUAUCAAUGCCAAAGAAGCUGGAAUCACGGAACAAGCCAGUUCAUAUGGUGCGGCUGCUGCUGCUAUGAUAUUUAUCUUCACUGCUACAUUCGGUGCUACUUGGUUGACUGUGCCGUGGUUAUAUCCGGCUGAGAUAUUCCCACUUGCCGUUCGGGCUCGUGGUAAUGCAUGGGGUGUAUUCGGUUGGAGCAUUGGAAAUGGAUGGCUGACUCUCUUGUGUCCUAUCAUGUUCAAUGCGAUUGGAGAGAAGACGCUGUACAUAUUCGGCGCCAGCAAUUUGAUCACUAUCCCGAUGGUGUGGGCACUUUAUCCUGAGACAGCCCAGCGUUCGCUCGAGGACAUCGAUCUCUUGUUCGCAGCCAAUACCCCCUGGACGUGGGAUGCGGAGAAGACAUUUGCUCGUCUUAAGGCUGAGAACCCGGGGGCGGUUGCAACGAUCAGUGGCAAGGGCGAUAUGGACCCAGAAACAGGCAAGGUGUUGCUAGAUUCGGUGGCUAUUGCGAAGGCCGAAGAUGAUGCCGCUGUAGAGCACGUGGACAAUGUUUGA